AUGGAGGAAGCCAAAUUUAAUAUUGAAGAAAUUUCUGAACGCACUUUUGGAUAUGCUGAAUCAAUAGCUGCAUUGUUUAGGUUAGCAACAUUUAACGACCAAGAAAUCGACGAAAUAUACAAGAAUUUAUCAAAUUUUUUGAUCGGAAACAAAUACAAGGAACCCGGUGAAGUUAAAGGUAUGAUUUUUAAUGCCCUUAGAUACAAUAACAGGUUCAUGGAAUCAUACCUCAAAAUAUUUCGAAAAUUAUAUCAGGAAUAUUUUCCAGAUAUUGACAUAGAACCGGAAUUAAAUAGCAUAAGAGAUAAUUUAUUAGUGUUUCAUGAAAUUGACCCAUUCUACAAAGCAAUCUUUAAUGAUGACGUCAAAAGUUUAAUUGAUCUUCUCCAUCAAAGCAGUUUUAUCACUUGCGAUAAUAAACGAAUCCAAAAUAAUCCAUAUUUUCCAAGUACAGAUGUAUCUUUACCUGAAUUAUGUUGCUAUUAUGGAGCAAAAAAAUGUUUUAAUAAUUUAUUUCAUGAAACUUUUUACAAAAACAGAAUAAAUCAAUACUGGCUACAUAUAGCUAUUAUAGGAAGAAAUCCAGACAUCCUACAAGAAUGCUUGACAGCAGUAACUCCAGAUGAAAGUUGUAUGGAAAUUGCAAUUGCUACAUACAACGUUGAUUUCAUUACAACACUUUUCUAUACAUGUGGAUUUGAAAUCGAUCCAAUUCUCUGCGCUAAAUACCAAAAUCUUUCGGCAUUAUUAGUUCUGUUGAAUGAAACGAAACUGAUUUCCCAAAUUUUUACAUAUUCACCAAGUUUCAAUUUCCUACCUUUCUGUAAAUUAUUAUUAGAACAAUAUGGUGUUGAUAUAAAUACAACUAAUGUUGAUGGUGACACUGCUCUUCAUUAUGCCGUUGAGUAUAAUAAUUUUGAAAUUGCAGAAUUCCUUAUUUCUUGGGGAAUGAAAAUCAAUGUCCAAAAUAAUAAAGGAAUUUCUCCUCUUUUCUUGGCAGUUAAGAACAAAAAUUUGGAAAUGACAAAAUUCCUUAUUGACCAUGGCGCUGAUUUAAAUGCUCAAACCAAAAAAGGCAAAGGUUUAUCUGCGCUUCAUCUAUGUGCAAAAGAAAAUCUUCCUCAAUUUGCUGAACUCCUUAUUUCAAAGGGCGCAGACAUUAAUUUAAUUAAUGAAAUUGGAGAACCUAAGUGGAAUAAUGAGAAAGUGUUCGAAUUUAAAGGUUAUACAGCUCUUCAUUAUGCAGUUAACAAUAUAACUUCUUAUGAGACAGCACAAGUUCUUGUUGCCCAUCGUGCAAAUUUGAAUAUAAAAGAUAAUGAAGGAAACACACCUCUUCAUCUUAUUCAAGUUGGCGAACCUAAAAUAGCUGAACUUCUUAUAUUGAACGGAGCUGAUGUCAACGCAAAAAACUUGAAAAAUCAAACGCCUCUUCAGAUUUUUGCCACUUUGGAAUGUAUAGAAGACAAAGUUGUCGAACUACUUAUUUCCCAUGGUGCAGCGUUGGACAUAAAGGAUAAUAAUAAUUUAACUCCUCUGCAGUUAAAUAUUAUAAAAUCUCGCUUUUCAGGAAUAGCUGAUAUACUUAUUUCUCAUGGAGCAGAUAUUAAUGUUACGAAUGAAGAAGGAUUACCAAUUUUACAUCUUGCUGUAAAAUACAAUAAAUAUCACAUUGUUGAAUUUCUUUUAAGAAAUGGUGUAGAUGUCGAUUCGAAAGCUCUAGAUGGAAGAACAGCACUUCAUAUUGCUGCAGACAGUAAUUAUUUAAGAAUUGCUAAAUUACUUAUCAUCAAUGGAGCAGAUGUCAACGCAAAGCAUGGUUUGUUUGAAAAGACACCACUUCAUUAUGCUGCUGAAAAUAAUUAUUAUGAAAGCGUGGCUGAACUCCUUAUGGCUCAUGGUGCAAAUGACAAUGCAUUGGAAAUAACUGAUGAUACGUUUUUAAGAGUAGCAGGUAAGAAAAACGUAAUUCUUUUCAGAUAUCUUGAAAAUUAUUAUGAUUGGAAUACUUAUAACUUAUUAUGCUCCGAGAAUAGUGGUGAAAAAAUGAUUGAUCUUCUAAUAUCAAAUAAUGCGGAUAUUUACCCAGAAUUUUAUAAUAUAAUACCUCCUAUGGACAUCGAAGCAGAUAAGAAUCUUUUCGAAACCAUCGAAUAUAUAAUUUCAAGUAUUGAUGCGAUCAACAUUCCAGUUCAUGAAAAACUGUAUAAUGACAUUAGAAACAUUAAAAAUAUCAAUCUUGAACCAGUCAAGCAAAAAAGUAGAUUUGGGCAAGGAAGUAAUUCUCAGGGUUCCUCUCAAGGAAAUGAUAGGAAAGAUGAUGACAAUGAUAAGUGUUGUCCACAAGAUAAAACCGAAAAAACAACAAAAUGCGAUGAUGAGUGUUGUACACAAGAAAAAACUGAAGAAACAACAAAAUGUGAAGACAAAGAAAACACGCAAGAGAAUCACAAUGAAAAUACAAAACCAAGCAGAGGACUUGGAGAAAAUUUCUCAAGAAUAUGA